GGAUCCCAAAUCCUUGGGAAAGAAGACAGGCUGCCAUGAGUUAAGAGACACGAGCUAUACACAUCUCGGAUUAUAGUCCUUUAUCUCCAGGAGUGAGUGAGGCGGAGCAAAGCAUCCCAUGGCAGAAGCAGGCAGAGGAGUAUGAGAAUGAGUCUGGGCGGAGAAAAGUUACCGCUGGAAGUUGUCUCACAUGGUGCGCGGUGCUAGUGCUCGCGGCGCCCACGAUACAUGCUUCGAAAAUGUUAGUACCGCUGAAAGAAACUUAAUCUUUUUGAGCAGUGCGACUAAAGUGAAGUAGUGGCGGUAGCUAAUCCCGACACGGCCCAGGAAUACUUGAAAAGGGAACGAGGAUUUCUUUGUUAAGAAGGUAAAAGCCAGGUGUCACACUGUAAGAAGAGGAGUAACAACACAAACCUGGGGAGCAACUGGGGCCCCAGGGUGCUGGAAUGGAGCAACUCAUAGAGUCACUGGAAAGGAAGCUGCAGAGACCCCUACUGGCUAAAUCCCGCACCCUCCCCAGCAUCCCCCAGUCACCAACGGUCUCCAGGGUCCACCACUCUGAUCUCAUUGGUGGGAGUCCUCCUUGCAGGAAGAACCCGCCCACUGCGACCAGCCACCCGAAGGCCUGCACUCUGCCACCUGCAGGGGAACUGUGGCGUUUGGAGGAUGACAUGGAGGGUGAAGAUGAGCCUGAGCAUGGUGGGUGCACCGAGGUCCGCCCUCGCUCCCAUUCGCCCUUUUCCCACUUCCGGGCGCGAGCUGCCUAUCUCCGCAAGAGUGUCUCAGCAGAUGACCACCUGGACAUGGGCUUGGACUUUGGCUCGGGGACUGCGGUCGAGGGCAAACAGACAUGUGGCAGUAAGGGCAAGCUGAAGAGAAAAUUUAGUCUGGGCUCUGCUGACCGGAAGGAGAAUCAGCACAAGAAGUUAGAGUCAGGAAUCUCAAAAUUUACCCAUCGUCUAUCCCUCAAAGAGCGUCCAGCGAAAACAGAGAAGACUUCCUCGGAUAGACCUCCAUCCUACAGGCGACGAUCUCUUAGUGUGGACUGGGCUGACUCUGCCAAAAUGACCCAGCCAAUGAGGGGGGACCAGGCACACCAGCCGGCCCCAGCCCGCAAGUCAGCCAGCCUGUCCUCGCCAAGCGCGGCUCGCCGCCUGUACCGCAACUUGUCUGGAAAGUUCCGUGUGGGCACCAACCCCCCUGCCUUGGAGGACAGUGUGGUGUCAGGACGGGGCGGAGACAAGGAGAAACUGCGCAAAACCACCAUAUUUCAGAGUAAUGAAGCUUUGUUUGAGGCAGUGGAACACCAGGAGCUGGACUUGGUACAGCUGCUUCUCUCCCAGUACAGUCUGGAGGAGCUGGACCUCAAUACCCCAAACAGCGAGGGCCUCCUGCCCCUCGAUAUCGCCAUCAUGACCAACAACGUGCCCAUGGCCAAGCUGCUACUGCGAGCCGGUGCCAAGGAGAGUCCCCACUUUAUGAGUCUGGAGGGCCGAGCAGUGCAUUUGGCCACCUUGGUGCAGGAGGCUGAGCAGCGGGUGUCAGAGCUUCAGGCCCAGGUGCGGAGCGAGGGUCCCUGUGAGCGGGACGGAUCGGACCGGGAAAGGCAGCUAAAAGCCUGGGAGUGGCGGCUCCGGCUCUUCCGACGCAUGCAAACGGGCUUCGAGCAUGCUAACCCUCCAGACGCUCCCAGUGUAGUUCGCCUGUCUGUCAGCAGCAGCACCAGUCUAAGGGUGGACUUCCAGGAACCUCUCUGUGUCAACUCUGCUGUGGUUACCAAGUACAAAGUGAGCUGGAGCGUUGCUCCAUCCUUCAGUCCUUUGCUGGGUGAGAUGGUGGUGGAGGACACCACCCUGCUACAGUACAACAUCACUGGACUCACUUCUGGGACCUUUUACUAUGUCCAGGUGUCAGCCUACAACAUGAAGGGCUGGGGGCCUCCACUAGUUUCCACCCCUACCUGUGCUGCACCUUCCAGUUGGAGGGACAUCGAUGGCCGCGCUCCACGGCAAAGAGGCCAGAAGGAGGCACUAGACCAGCUACUCGGACAGAUAAAAGAAGCUCACCGCCACUGUGUCUGCCAUGAACAGUGCAAAGCCCCACCACAAGGCAGGAAGCACUCGGUAUCCAAAAGUCUGCGCCACCUCUUCCAACCCACCAGCAAAUUUGUUAAAAACUUGAAAAGAGGUCUCUAUCUGACAUCCAUACUCUACAGAGAUGACAAUGUGUUGGUGACUCCAGAGGACCAGAUUCCUAUUGUUGAGGUUGAAGAUUCUUACUCCAGUUCACUCAUGCAGGACUUCCUCUGGUUUACCAAGGUAUCCUAUCUGUGGGAGGAGAUUCCCUGGCUGCAGCAGUGUCUCAAUCCCUCCCAGUUGUCCUGUUCCUGUACUCUGCAGACACGCCUCAAGAUGCUGCAGGCUGUGUCCCAUCUACAGGGAAUGCUGGGAACCCAGGAUCUUGGUCAGGUGUAUCUUGAGCCAAUCAAAGACAAGCAUGGUAACGCCUUGCUGGUGCUCCUAAAGGAUAUGAAUGCCUGUCCCAACCUGGAUGGGGUACGCUGGACGCAGCUUUGUAAACUCCAGCUCCAACGUAAGUCCAUCUCAUCCCCUGAAGAGCCCACGGCCUUGGACAUGCUCCUCAUCACUCUCCAUGAGAAGCUGGCGUAUCACAGACGGAGCAGGAAGCUGUUGUCUCCAGGCUUAUACCUGGGCUACUUGAAGCUAUGUACAUCAGUGGAGCAGAUUAGAGCGCUGGUGCCUCAGAAACUCCCAAACGUCCUCUGUCACACAAAAAUUCGGGACAACAGCAACGUGUCCAGGGAGGAGUGGCAAUGGCUGCAGGCCCUCAGCACUCUUGAGGAGUCGUUGGAAAUGGACCAUGAUGUACAGAGUGCUCCACAUCGCCUCCUACAGGACCUACGGAGUGCCAUCAAGGACCUGAUGGCCCACAUCAAUGUCCCUGGCAAUCAGGCACAGGACUUCCGUAUCUACAGCCAGGAAGUUUUGGAGUUUGGGGAGAAAGUGUCCUUCUUGCUCCUCCUGCCGCCUUCAGAUGAAGUGUGCACAGCCCCCGGUCAGAACAACCCAUACUCCCCCCGAUCUGGCUUCCUCACCCUGCCCCUGCAGAUCUUUGAACUGGUCCAUUUUAAUGCUUAUUGCCCCAGUUUCAUCGGCCAGUACUGCAGGGUGUCAGCUUUGCUGGAGCUGGAGUCACUCAUGUCCCAGCAGGCACUAAGGGAGGCCUUCUCUGAGGCCGAGCUCCUUGCUGCUAAGAAGAAACACCAGCAGGUCCAAGAACACAUGCAGCAAAUGGAGGAAGUGUGGCGGGAUGCGAGGUGGAUUAUGGACGCCUUGCAGUAUGCUCGCUACAAGCAGCCAACAGGAGGCAUCUCCAUAAGCUGGGUAAUUGACUUCUCCAAGGAAGUGAUGCCUGAGAAGCCUCCCUCCACCUCUUCUCAGCCAGACUUCAUGCCCUCCCCCACGCCUUCACCCGAACCCUGCCGCAAGCACUCAGAUUUUGCUGGACUCUCAGACGAGGAGGGCUCCUCUGAGGUCUUCCUCACCACAGACAGUGACUAUGACUCCAGUCGGGCCCAGAGCCCCCGUGAGCUGGACCUGCUGCCCCCCUCACCUCUCUCGUCCUCCGCACCCCUAGAGCCUCGUGGCUUCCUGCGCAAUGAUGGAAGCAGCUCAGGAGGAGGGGUGUGUCUCGGCGGGGGCGGACGUGGAGGAGGCGCACUAAGAGAUUCCACACCAGACGUCCUCCAAGCCUCAGAGCCACAGCACGGGAGGGAAGGUGAGCGGUGCGGAGUAGGGGGAGGAGUUCGGUGUGGAGGAGAAAGGAGGAGGGGGGCCCCAGAGCUGUUUGACAGUGACUUCAUCCUGCCCAGUAGGCAGAUCGAGCUGUUGCACAUCACAGAGAAGAGACAGGCCUUCUGUGUUAGAACCAGCAGCCUGGAGUUUCCUUCCACCACCUCAGCCAACCACCAGCCUUACUCCUACCACGCUACAUGCCCUUCACCCUCCACCUCACCACAGCAAAGGUGGCACAGGCCCUCGUCAGUGGACCGCUGUUGCUCUGCUGAGCGCUGCUUACCACAGCUUCCGCCAGCGCGUACGUUAUCGGAGGACAGCGGCACCCAGAGACUCUCCUCACCAUCACCUAAUGCCCUCAGGAAAGGCUGUCAUGCCACAAUCAGAGUGUACCCACAGUAUCGCACAGGCCUGCCGAGGGAGACCAGUGUUAAGCUUUGUGUAACUCCAGGCACGUCAGCAAAGGAGAUGGUCCAACUGGUGGUGCAGGAGAUGAACAUUGUGUCUCGACGCAUGCUCGGUAGCAGCGGAGGGAGUGGUGAACAGGAGCAGUGUGUGUACUAUAGUCCUGAGCAGCUGAAGCACUUCGGUCUUGUGCUGGUGGUGGAUAACAGAGAAAAGUGGCUUCAGGAUGACUUCUGUCCCCUGGAGCUCCAAAACCCCUGGCUGAGAGGCAAACUGUGCGUUCGCAUUAAGGAGUAUUCACCUCUAGCACUCAAACACAGCAGGGCCACCACAGUGUGAUACUCACAGGAGAGAGAGCGAGUGAGAGAGAAAACCUGUUAAGAGUUCAUGCCAUGUGCAGAUUCUCUUUUGAUGAAUGCGUAUUGAAGUUAAGGAACUGUUUCGCUUGUACAAACUGUCCACAGACAGCAGUGUAAAUUUUACACUAUUUCCUCACUCAAUGUGGUGUAACCGUCCACAACUGCAGCUAUAACAUGUUGUCUUAUUUUCUGCUGUGUUCUUGUUAUCUGAAAUGCUCCUCUGAGAAUCCGUUUCCAUGAAAUGUGUUCUCCUGUACAUAAGACUUUUUUUUUUUUAACAUCAGAGACCCUCAUAUGGAUGCCAAAUGAACAUUAACUAAAUGGAACAAAGAGAAAAUAGUUUUUUGUACUGUCAGAAAUCAUUGGGAAAAAGAUUGUGAUGCUGAGCAAGAUUAAUGGAGCGCCGCUUUGACUUCUGGUAUGAUUGACACCAGCGCAUCGUGCCGUGCAGGUUGCCAAACUGACGUAGGCGGCAUCUUCGCCUCCCCAGCCACACAGGGGCACGGCUUUUCCUAUGAACUCUCUCACUGUGUCAUUCCCAGAGAGCUGUCAGCUGCAGCCGCCCGGCCCCAUGUUCCCAGGAUGUGGGCUCUGGACCCGGCCCAGAGGGCAGGAAGGAAGGGAGAAGUACAGAGGGGGGCUGGCAUCUCCGCUUGGGGACGCAAUCGGCCCAACGAUUUGGCCCGUCAGCCUGUCACUCAACUGCUCUUGGCCACUGCACUGUCUUGUAGUGAGGCAGCCAAGCAAGGGAGAGAGAGCUUAACAGAAAAUGAGAAAGAGAGAGAGGGCAAUGAGGAGGGUGGAAGUUGCAUCUUUUAGAGCCUGGCACUGGCUCUCUGGUGCUCUUUUCAUCCGUUUUGCAGCAACAAAUCCUCUGUAUAAUAGACUCAGUCAUAGUGUAGCUAACUAAUAUGAUCAUUUCAUCUCGUGAAGUAACACAAAAUAAAAACCAGCUAAUUUGGAUUUUCAAAACAGAGAAAAAACAAGCAAUACUUGACUCUUUUUGUUUGUCUAAUUAAUGGAAAAGCAUGUAAACCUUCCAGAAUUAUGCUGAGUACAUCUGAAGUACUGUAGUCAUGCUGUGCUAAUAGUUAACCAGUUCAGUGUUUUGUUGUGUUUGGUUCAGUGGUAUUCCCAGAUGCACCAGAAAAUGGUGCCCGUCAGUCUAGAGCAGGGUCUCCCAAAGGGAUUCUAGUGUGAAAGGGAUGACUCAAGUUGUUAAGAGGCCAGACGUUUGUAAGCAAAGCCACACACUAUAUAUUCCAAACUGUCUCCCAAACUGCUUCAAUAUUAGGACUUAACCACAAGAAAAUACUUUAGCCCCAGUGACACGUGGAAGACUCUUGACAAAGCACCAUGACCCCCACCACUGCGAGGUGGGGGUCAUGUGACAAAUGGAGACAGCUGUCAGUUGGCUAGCUUUUGCUCGGCUUGCUAGCUUGUUUACUUGUAUUGUAUAAGUGGGUAAACAGUGAAGAAGUGCAUAACACAACUGGGUGGAAAAAGAAACGAAAAACUCUCUACACAAAGGGACAUUUUCAAAAUAUAAUCUCAUAAAACAACCAGUGGUUGAAGAAGUUUUCAUUCACUUAAUCUGUAACAGUGUAUCGUAAUACAUAAGCUGAUCAUGAUUUGUGUGAAACAUAUUGAUCUGAAAAGUAACUAGUAACUGUAGCUUUGGGAAAAAAUGUAGUGGAGUAAAAAGUAUAAUACUUCCCCCUGAAAUGUAGUGGAGUUGAAGUAUGAAGUAGCUUUAUAUGGAAAUACUCAAAUAAAGUAAAAGUACCUUAAAAACUACAUUCACUACAGUACUUGAGUAAAUGUAGUUAGUUACCUUCCACCACUGAGAAUAACAUCAUCAAACCC